ACUAGGUCGUAAAUAAGGGUUUUAUUAAGAGAUACAAAUAAUAUUUUAAGUUCAUAUGAAUAAACCUUAAUUAAUGUUGGUUUGUUUGUGUGUUCUAGUCUCUGUUAAAUAAAAUGGGUAUGAACAAUUAAUAUGGAAUAAAUUUACAUUUGUCGUCGGUCUGAUCUUGUAUGUUAUCAUAUUACAACAAGGCGUGCAAUGUGCAGGUGGCUCAAGCGGAGGCGGGGGUCGGGGUGGCUCGAGCGGAGGCGGGAGUCGGGGUGGCUCGUCGAGCGGAAGUACGUGGCGGCUACUCGUACGGGGGAGGCGGAGCGGCAGGAAUCAGCGAUUCUUCAAGUAGCGGAGGAGUUGUUACCGAAGCUGCGUGGAGUUACAUAGGUGCGGUCACGGGAAGCAUGGUAAUCAUGUUUGUCAUGGCGUGCACGAUACGGAUUUUAAUUCAGCAAAUGAGGGCGAAUCGGGAACUUCUGAGGCAGAGGCAAUCAGGAGACCCUCACCAGAAUUACCCUUGUGCGAUCGAGGACAAUCCGAAUGGUGUUUACUGGAUUCGAUCGACUAAAUUUUAAGAAAUACGUUUGGCGUGGCUGUUGGUGCAUGUCAUAUAGACGUUCAAUGCGUGUGAUACUGUUUUAUUUUGUAAGCCCUGUCAAGAAUCAUGUGGAAUUUAAAAAUCCACGAAACGUGUUAUUUUUUUGUAAAAAUAUUGAGAUGAACCCUUUUUAAAGACAUUUUAACGGCUUAGUACUAGGGUGGUUGUAGUUAUAUCAAAACGAACCGACUGCAACACCAACACAUUUUCAAAUUAGCUGUUCCACAUAUUGCUAAAAUGACAAGUAUCGCAUAAAUAUUUCAUUCCAAAAUUAACGAAUACAUUACAUCGAUAAUUUGGAAGGUAUGCCUGUUGCCAGCAUACAGCGUUUAUUUUCAUAUAAACGUAAAGAUAUUUAAUAAUUUUAAGUCUGACUGACCCAGUCGAAUCAAGCUACAUUUACGCAGCCUUGACUUCAAUCUUCUUUUGAUUAUUUUAAAUAAAUGUGUUAAUCGACAGGUGAACUUUUUCAAAAACUUUAUGUCGAUGAAACAGUUACCGUAAUGCAAGUCUAAUAACUGUUACUUUUCUAUGAAAGCAUAUUUGUGCCACUAUUUAAUUGAUGAAAUAACGUGAAAAUAAUGGCGGAUUUCGCGGGAAAAAAAAUUUCUCGAUAACAGAUAUAUUUUCACGAAAAGAAAAUAAAUUAUGUUAACACGAAUUUUUCCCUGUUAGUGCUCUAAACUGCCACCACAUAAAGAUAAAUUAAAGUUUUCACGAAAAUAAAUCACUUUUCUCGAAAACAGAUAACUUUUCAUGAAACCUUGGAAAUAAUACAUUUUAACGAAAAGAGUAAAAUAACGGAAGACUUUUCUUGAAAACUUUUCACAAAACCUUAAAAAAAUCGCGAAAGUUGCCAGAUCUAAAAAUAGAUGCACUUCAGAGCCUUUAACGUGAAUACCUAACGUGGUGUUCUACGCGUGGUCUGUAAGUAUGUUUUAAUUAACUAAUACAAAGUAGAUCUAUUAAUUGUAUAAACGAAUGAUAUUAAUUGUUAUUAAAAAUGUUUGAAAUGUU